UGAAUCGACGCGUCAUCAUAACAAAACACUGUUUUCAUACUUCCUAGCUAAAAAUAUGUAAUUUUAGUAGAUUUCUUCAAAUUUAAUUUUCUUUUGAAUGCACCGGUAAAUAAUGAUAGAAAUUACUGCCCGGUUGAUACGUGAUCAAAGUGCAGUUUUCCUGUGCGGAGAAACCGUGGAAUGUUUGAUAACGUUCACCAAUCCUUCGCUACCCGAGCAUAGAAUUAGCCAGAGUAACAGUGAUAUCCUGGAAAAUUUGGCAUGGGCCACCGUACAGAUCCAUUGUUAUUGCAAUUCUACAGUCCAGGAUCGUGGAGGCUCCGGAACGGAAGCGUCGAGUGCCAUGAGCAAGAAUGUCAUCGGUUCCACAUCGCUGAAUGCUAGCAACCAGCUAAAAGGGGAAGUGCUCAAGUCCACGGAUCCCAAGAUUCUGUUUUGCGAUCUGCGGUUGUCUCCGGGGGAAUCCAGACAAUUUAUGUUCCGCGAAACAUUAUCCAUGAAUACCCCCCCAACGUAUCGUGGAGUUAUGGUAAAGUAUUACUAUAAAAUAACGGUGGCCACACAACGUGUUGGGACCACUGUACAAGCUUUGCACAUCCCGAUUCGAGUGCUUCCCCUGCCACCGAUCAAUUGUAGCGACGAGACGAUAACCUUAAACGAUGAAUCCAAUGAGGACCUGGCGCCAAAUAAUCCUUUUAUCGAAAAGAAAAAAGCUCCCUCGAAGAUAGAAUACGCAUUGCACUAUCUUCAGAACAUCACCGCGCGGAGGAGACCCAACUUCUAUUUGAUUUCGAAUAAAAGAGGUAAGGUGGGUCGGUUCUGUUUGUUUAAACCAAUCUACAAACUCGGGGAAGACAUUGUCGGAACGUUGGACUUUAGCUGUGGAACCGUGAAAUGUGCGCAAUUAUCGGUUACUUUGCAAUGCGAGGAAAUCAUCAAAACGAAAACUACAAAGGCACCAGAGCAGUCCGCCGCUCCGGGUCAAGAGAAGGACAAUGCUUCCCUCUCGGUUGGGCGCAUUACGAACUAUACGAAGCACCACGAGGUAUGCCUGGGACUGCUGCAAACGCAAAUGAUAUUGCCCAUUCCGCUGCACGUUACCCCGACUUUCGAGACGGACCUGGUGGAUGUGAGGUGGCGUCUGCAUUUUCAGUUCGUUACCAGCACCAACGACGAGCUGAACAUGGAAGUCGACAAGGAAACUCUGGAGUGGCAAGCGCCAACGGAUAUUUCCAUCGAAACUAUGAUAUGGAACCUGCCGGUUACGCUGUAUCCCACGGCUCCAGUGCAGAUUCCGCAAGCCAGCGGAACAUUUACGUUGAACAUUAAAUAGUUUCUGAAGUAAAAUAAUCGAAUUGUAUGUUACGUUGAUCUUAAUAAAUUAAAAAUAUUAACAAUAUA